GUGCCCUGCCUGCGCCUGCGUAGUGGAUCCGUUUCAGGGAUUCCCAUUUCCCGCCAAACUGUGAGGUUGGGGUGACUUCCCGCCAGUGGGGCUGUCAGGCAAAACCCCCGAGCCCAUGGAGGCGUUUGACCCGGCCGAGCUGCCUGAGCUGCUCAAGCUGUACUACCGGAGGCUCUUCCCCUUCUCCCAGUACUAUCGCUGGCUCAACUAUGGCGGAGUGGUGAAGAAUUAUUUUCAGCACCGGGAGUUUUCAUUCACUCUCAAAGAUGAUAUAUAUAUUCGCUACCAGUCUUUCAACAACCAGAGUGAAAUGGAAAAGGAGAUACAGAAGUUGAAUCCCUACAAAAUUGAUAUCGGAGCAGUGUAUUCCCACAGACCCAUCCAGCACAGCACGGUGAAGCUGGGGGCUUUUCAGGCGCAGGAAAAAGAGCUGGUGUUUGACAUUGACAUGACGGACUAUGACGACGUGCGGAGGUGCUGCAGUUCUGCAGAUAUAUGCUCCAAGUGCUGGACCCUCAUGACAGUGGCCAUCCACAUCCUGGACAGAGCUCUGAAAGAGGACUUCGGAUUUAAACAUUGCCUCUGGGUGUAUUCGGGAAGGAGAGGUGUCCAUUGUUGGGUCUGCGAUGAAGCCGUCAGAAAAUUGUCCUCAGCAGUCCGCUCUGGGAUAGUAGAAUAUCUAAGUCUUGUGAAGGGAGGAGAAGACAUGAAAAAGAAGGUUCAUCUCAGCACAAAGAUUCACCCUUUUGUCAGAAAAUCAAUAAACAUAGUAGAAAAAUAUUUUGAAGAAUAUGCCCUGGCUGGUCAAGAUAUUCUUGAAAACAAAGAGAAAUGGGAUAAGAUUUUAACUCUCAUUCCUGAAUCUCUUCAUGCUGAUCUUCAGCAAGGAUUCCAAAGGUGUCACAAUUCAGUCCAGCGCUGGGAAUAUUUGAAGAAAGUGGUGAGCAAAAAUCGGCCUGUCAGAAGUGAGAAGUUUGGACCCUGGGUAGAGUGGGAGAUCAUGCUACAGUACUGUUUUCCUCGCCUGGAUAUUAAUGUCAGCAAAGGAAUCAAUCACUUACUGAAGAGUCCAUUCAGCGUUCAUCCUAAAACAGGUCGCAUUUCUGUGCCUAUUGAUUUGCAGAGAGUGGAUCGAUUUGACCCCUUUGCGGUGCCUACCAUAAGCCAGAUCUGCCGGGAAUUGGACGUGGUGUCGGCUAGCGAAGAGGACGGGAACAAGGAGAACGAAGCCGAGGCCGAAGUGAAGCGGCGCACGAGGGAUUAUAAGAAGACCAGUCUAGCUCCCUAUGUGAGGUGUUUUGAACAGUUUUUGGAAGAACUGGAUAAGUCCAGAAAAGGAGAACUUCUGAGGAAGAGUGAUACACAGAGAGAUUUCUGAUGACAACGGCUCCCUUUAUACCCACAUGGAUUUCUCUGACCUUCAACCAAUAGCCAUCUCUGACCUUCAGCAUCCAACCAUGUAAUAAUAUACUGGACCAUACACGGUGUCAUUUAAGAACAAACGAAAAAUCUGCAAGCAGAGUAGGACUCUGGCUUUCAAAGAUUCCAGAUCAUUAGCUUUCUGGGUUUUUGGUAACAAUGUGGACCCCUUUAAUAAUAUUUUUUGGUAACAAAAGUUUAUUACUCAGCUGUCUUUAAUAAUAAAACAAAAGUUUCCAAGGAUCUUAAUUUCAAUUCAUUGGAAACAGCCAGAAGAUUUUCCUGGGUAGAGGAAGGGUUUGUCCUUAAGUCUCAGAAGGGCUAGUUAAAUUUAUUGCCUUCAUGAUUGUUCUGAGUCACAAAAGAACUUUUCUGGGUUUCUGCUGACUGACCCCUGUGCCUGAUCUUCACAAUUAAUUGUUUUUCACCCUCACCUUCUGUCUUAGAAUUAAUACUAUGUAUUGGUUCCAAGGCAGAAGAGUGGUAAGGGCUGGGCAAUUGGAGUCAAAUGACUUGCCCAGGAUCACACAGCUAGAAGUAUCUGAGGCCACAUUUGAACCACUGAGCCACCUAGCUGCCCCCCAUAAUUCAUUUUAAAUAGUACAUGGAACCUUUUUCUUUUAACUCAAAACACACCCCCCCCCAAAAAAAUGAGCCUUUCACUACAGAACAUAGAGGAUUGCAUAUGAAACUGAAUGUUUCAUACAGCUUGCUUUUUUAAUAAUAAAUUCUACAUAUUGCUUUCUAAACUAACCUGCUUGUCUAUGCUUCUAUUCUCCUCUAUGCAUUUUUUUUAAACCCUUACCUUAUUGGUUCUAAGGCAGAAGAGUGGUAAGAGCUAGGCAAUGGGGGUUAAGUGACUUGCCUAGGGUCACACAGCUAGGAAGUGUCUGAGGUCAGAUUUGAACCUAGGACCUCCCGUCUCUAGGCUUGACUCUCAAUCCAUUGAACUACCCAGCUACUCCCUUCCCUAUGCAAUUUUAAAAAAUGUUUCAAAGACCUGCUUUUUUGGGUAUUGAUAUUACUAAUCUACCUUCUUCCCAAUUUCUCCCCACCCCCAUUAAUUCCAGUUUCACUGACACCAUCUCCCAUUAAAAAGAGAAAAAGGAAAAAAACAAACAAACUUUUAGCACCUGAGGCAAGUCAAAUGAAUCUACAUAGUGUCAAAGUCCAGAAAUGGAUCUCUUUCCUUCACUUCAGAAAGUGGGUAGCACACCUCAUGGAAUACGUCCUCUGGAGACAUGCUUGGUCAUUGCACCGAUCAGAGUUCUUAGGUUUUUCAAAGUUAUUUUUCAUAUUGCUGGAAACAGCCAGAAGAAUUUCCUGAUGGAGGAAAGGUUUGUCUUUUGCUGUACUAUUGUUGUAUGAAUUAUUCUGGUUCUUCUGACCACUCCACAUCAGUUUGUGCAACCUAGCAUUCUCUAAAAUGGUCCCUUUUGGAAUUUCUUUGGAACCAAUAAUAAACCAUAAUUAUCCAAAAGGCAA